AUGGAUAAAUUUUUAAUUAAACGACCGAUGAAUAGUGAUGAUGAAAGUGCUAUAGAAACUAAAGUUCGUAAGGUAUCGGAAAUGUCGUCAGAUGUACAAACCAGUCGAAAAGUUAAUAAAAAGGACCAAAGAUUAGCUUCAGAAAGUAUGAAGCCAUCAAAGCUAAAACGACAUUUAGUUACUAAACAUCCUCAAUUCCAACAUAAAGAGGAAGACUUUUUUAAAAGGUAUGAAAAUUCGAUAGAAGUUCAAAAAAAUACUAUGCGUAAUUUUUCUUCAGUUCCUAUAAAAGCUCUAGCUGCAUCAUUAGAGGCUUCAUAUUUAAUUGCUAAAACCAAAAAACCACACUCUAUUGAAAUUAAUGAAAUUCCCUGGUCAAUGUGUGUGUCAAUAUGCACUGACGGUGCAGCUGCCCUUACUGGUUCAAAAAAAGGUUUUAAAGCUAAAGUUCUAGAAGUGUCUUCAAAUAUAAUGUUUAACCAUUGUAUGAUUCAUAGAGAAGCUUUAGCUUCCAAAAAACUUCAACCAGAUGUUAAUAAAGUACUCCUUAAUGCUAUAAGAAAUUUAAAAAUAAGCGAAGAACUUAUUGACUUGUCAUCAGAUGAAAAUCUACGUAUCAGAUUUCAACAAAAUGCAUGUGAUACAUUUUGGAUUUCCAUCAAAUCUGAAUAUCCAGAAUUAUCAAAACAAGCUAUAUCAAUUUUACUUUCUUUUGCAUCAACUUAUUUAUGCGAAACAGCAUUUUCAACACUAACGAUAAUUAAAAACAAAUAUCGCUCCAGAUUAAAUGUUGAAGCUGAUUUAAGAGUAGCAGUGUCAAAUAUCAAACCAAACAUAGAAUCAAUCAUGUCUACAAUGCAAGCUCAGGUUUCUCAUUAA